GUAGCUGGACAUCGUGCAGAAAGGAGCCACUUGUCGAUUUUUUGACUCUUCGAGUUUUCGUCGAAACGUCGAAAUUGCUUAAGCGUUAUAUAUACGUGCAGUGUAUAAGUUGAAGGGUAUAGGAGAACAGGUGAAUAUUUUCGCGAGAUACAAGAGAAUAUGUGUAUACAUAUAUGUGCGCCCUGAUUAAAAAUACGAAAUAUAGAGAAAAUUAUACGUGUAUUUAAUUUUAUGUAGAAAGGUGUAGUCUGCGAAGGCAACGAAUUUCAACUCCACUGUGCGACGUCGCGGAGAUACAAGUAGACUCUCAAUCAAGAGAAUCUUGCCAGGAUUAUAACGAAUAUAUAUGUAAUUCACACGUGUCUGUUCCGCGGGACGAUAUGAGACACAAUGUUUUGUUUCGAGAUGCGAGAUUGAAUCUUAAUGGCUUCAUUUCCGACUAUUUCUGACCACCGAGAUUCCGUCGCGUCCUCCCUCGAAUCGCUCGACGAGUCUCACGACGAGGUUACGACAGAGCUCCUGGACGAUCGGGACGAUCCUGGAUGCUCUUCUCCGGCCACCCUUUCCGCAUCCAUCUUUGAAAGACGCGCGCAUGUUGCGCAGAAGCAGAAUGCAAGGACGCAAUUGCACGUUUUGAAAGCGCGUGAUAGCCGAGAGAGAAAGACGAGGGAUCGGACACGUGGUGCAUCGAUAGUCUUCCUCUCAUAUAGCUGUUUUUCCUUCUCGGUUUCCUAUGGUCACACUGAAAGUUCGCAAAGUCACAUUUCUAUAAAUCUUACCAUUUCACGAACGAUUAGUAGUCACACGUUAAUUCGUCAGCAAACGGCGGGAUGAGCGUGCGUAUGCAAAAGCUACUUCUGUGCGCGCUCGUGCUUCUAACCGUCGUCUACCUCUGCACGAAUUGGCGUGCGAACGACAAGGAUGUGUCUAUGAAGCGGCUCCUCGCCGCUGCGAUACGAGCGGCGGAGAUUGGGGGACUGGAAGUGGUGGCAGUGCACGAUCAGAUUAAAUUCAAAAUAGAGAGCAAAGGCCAGACGAAGGAAGGCGUAAAUGAUCCAGUAACAGCAGCGGAUUAUAGAUCUCAUUGUGCCAUGUAUCAUUCCUUGACGGAGGCAUUCCCAGGGAUUACUGUGAUAUCUGAAGAAACGUCGCAGGAUUGUGAUAAGAUUGCAGUACAAGACAUUAAGAAUUCUCUUAAAAGUAUCGAAGGUUACGAUAUAAGUGACGAUAUUGUAAAUGUUAAUGAUAUUACAAUAUGGAUAGAUCCUCUCGACGCCACCAAAGAGUUUACAGAAAAUUUACUGCAAUAUGUAUCUACUAUGGUAUGCAUAGCUGUCAAAGGACAGCCAAUUAUUGGCGUUAUAUAUAAACCGUUUGAGACAAAACAGAAUUACAGUCUAUUCUGGACAUGGAGCAACCACGGUGUAUCAAGAAACUUGAAAAAUUUGCCCAAGGUAAAGGAUAAUAAAACACCUAUCUUAAUUGUAUCUCUCUCACAUGCUGGACAAGUAAAAAAUUCAUCUAAAAUUGCCUUUGGCGACAACGUUAAAAUUAUUUCUGCUGCUGGUGCAGGAUACAAAUUUUUGGAGGUAGCUGCUGGUAAUGCGACAGCGUACGUUCAUACAACUGCUAUCAAGAAAUGGGAUAUAUGUGCAGGCACUGCAAUUCUUAGUGCUUUGGGAGGAACAGUGACACAAUUAUAUGAUCAACAACCGAUUCAUUUCGGAGCUAAUGAUGCCAAAGUACUUACAAAGGGUCUUUUAGCGACUAUGAGUGAUCACGCAUGGUAUUCUGAAAAAUUCUUGCACGACUUUCCAUCCGAUUCACACUAAUUAAGAAACCAAUAUAUCAGAGAGUUAAGAUUGUAUAUAUUAAAUUUCACUUAUAAAAAAUUCAUGUUCUAAUUGUAAGUAACAAAAAAUAUCAAUGUGCGUAAUAAGAGCACAUAUCUUCCAACAGCUAUCUAUUAAGUAUUUAUUGUAAGGAAUAAAUUUGACAUAAACUGUA